AUGGUACAGGCACAGGCAGGCACCCUGCCUCCGAUAUUCACUAUAUCUGAUGAGGACCACGGCGGCUACACUGCUGUCGCUGUCUACACUCUUCUCGCUCUGACCGUCUUCGUGGUCGUCACUCGACUAUCAGCAAGAUAUUAUAUCGGGAAAGUAGUGCAAAUCGAUGACUAUCUGCUCGCAGGGGCUACUGUCCUAGCGAUCUUGCAGAGCGUGUUUGUGCAAUUAUCAAUCAGCCAUGGUCUCGGAAAAAGGCAAAAUACUGUCUCGGACAGGAACCUAAAUCUUUUCGAAAAGAUACUGCUCAUCGCCACUGUUUCCCUAAGCAAACUCUCCAUCAGCCUACUCUUCAAGAGCUUGAUGAACAGAGGGUUUUCCCAAUGGGCUAACUGGGGAUUGAUAAGUGCAAUUGUCGCAUGGGCUAUUGCAUCCAUCGUCGCUCUCGCCGCGCGAUGUUCGUCGCCUCGUCCGUGGGAUUUUGUAAACGGAGAAUGCGACAACAUGGCUGUCAUGUUCCAAACCAUCGGCGCGUUCAAUAUCAUCACCGACGCAGCCAUAGUUCUUCUGUCAUGCGGCGUGUUGUGGACUGUGCAUGUCUCCAUGGCGAAGAGGGUGCGAAUAAUCGGCUUGCUCGCAAUUCGAAUUGUCGUCAUUGUGGCCGUUGCCUUCCAGAUACACUACUACGAUGUUGUUGUUACGUCCUCCGACAAGACGUGGGAACAGCUAUACGCCAGCAUCUGGGACCAAGCGGUGCUAAACCUGAGUAUCAUCGCUACCUCAAUUCCAUCGCUCGGCCGUCUUGCCCACGAGCUACAGCCCAACGUCAACGCCUUCGCCAUGACCGAGAACCACGGCCUGCGCGCUCGUGACAAAUACACAAUAUCAACAUUUGCGAAUCAUUAUCCGCGGCGUGCAGCCGAAGCCAACAUGUUAGGCACCCACACUUCCGUCGUUCAUGGAAGCACAGAUGACGAUACAGAGAGUAUGGAAGCACUCGUCCGAGAAGGCUUUCAGCAGAAUGUGUUUGUCCAAAGGACAGUUGAAUUAAAGGUUGAAUAG